UUUUCCGUGCCUUUCAGUAUCUGAAAAAACACCAUUUAUCAUCUAGAACAUUGUAACCUCUACUGAUUGUUGAUAAGAAGGUCUGUUACUGAAACUAUUUUGUUGCAGCAAUGAACCCCUGAAGAGCCUUGUGGGUACACUUGUGGGAAUAAUACCUGAAGAAACAAAUCACACUAUCUUGGUUAGAGAAACAGUUCUUUCACAGGAAGCUGAAAGAAGGGAGGUGUUACAAAAGAGCGGCACAUUGCAUGCUUGCGGUCACUGGACCCAGCUUACGCUACGUUUACGAAGAGACAUUACAGUAAAGUUGCAACACACAUAAGAAUUUGAAACAUUGUCCAGUUGUGUACUGCUUAAAAUGUUAUGAUAAAUCAAAUGAUUGUUGAAGAAAACCAUCUUUUAAAAAAACAACCAGAUGAAAGGUGUUUUCACAUGUGAUUUUAAAAGGAAGUGGGAGAAUUGUGGUGUUAUAUAUAUUCAUGAGCACAUAUUACCUGCUGUGCUUUUGUCCAGUUAUUCAUAGGCUGCUAAAAUUGGAAGCCACUUCCAACUAGAUCAGUCAAAACAAAACAAACAAAAAAGCACUGCAGUGGUAUACAGUAGUGUAUCAGACAAUACCAUUGUACUUGGUAUUAAUAACUAAUAUAUGUUAUUGUACAUAUACCGUAUACCAUGGUAUUUUCAUAGUAAUGAUGUCUUAAUAACAAGCAUUUUCUGUGAAGCUCCUUUGAAACAAUAUGUAUUGUGUUAAACUGCUAUACAAAUCAACUUAAAUUGAUACUAUUGAUUGAUUCUUAGUCAUAUAUGCUUAUGUGUACAUGGUGAAUGUGAUUUCACCAAAUGUAACAUGUUCCUGGUUCACCAUCCUUGUUGAUCUUGAAACAACAUUCCAAGCAGCCAAUCAGAUUUGAGAGUUAAGUUUACAGUUAAUGUGAAGUUUACGCUUCUACGCCAUUCUAUUAUUUCCCUCUGAUAUUAGGGAUAAGUUAUGGGUAGGGUUAGGUUUGGGGUAAAAUAAAACCAUUGUAUUAUGUGCCUAAAACCACAUGAUACUGUCAUGUUCAAAACCAAGACAGUAACCUACCAUAGUAUUUUUAUGGGUCAUUCUACAGAAUUGGUUCAAAGUUGGAAAUGUUUUGAAAAAAAAAAAAAAAAAAAGUAUUUUUCCACAAAUUUUAUAUGUAUGCAAAUUGUAUCAUAUCCAAGGUACACAUUUCUAGUAAUUGUGCAAUUGAUUCUCAUAUUGUAUUUUCAGAAAGUUUUGGAAUAUUUUUCCUCUGCCCAAAUUUGUUACUACUGAAACACAAUAAUAAAUAAUUUAAUAAGAAGGGUUACAUUGACCUAUUGAGAUUUUGUUUACAUCUACCUUGUAAAUUUUUUUUUUUUUUUUUGCUUUUUUUUUUUUUUUUUUUUAAAGAAUGUUCUCACAGGUAAAUCAAUAAUAAUUUUAACAUUUCAAGUGUUAAAAUGUAUGAGAUUUGUUGUAUUUUGAAUCCAAUCUUUCUUUGUAAAAAGCAUAAAGUUUAUCAUACUGAUUUCACAGUGAAGGAUUCAUUAGUUUGAAUAUACAUUGAACCAAACACUAUAAUAACAUCUUAGUUGAUAAUUCAACAUACUUUAUUUCUGACAAAACAUCCCAUGUAUCGGUCGUGACUGCACAUUUUCGGUAGUUACAGUAAUGUGUUGGUAGUGACCACAUCACAAUACAGAACUUUAACUCGCAUACUAAAACACUUCUUAAACAUAUUAAAAUACUAAUAUGAAGUCUCUGUGCUAAAAUUUUGUUUAUUUCCCCCAAAUAAAUGAUUGUGUUCCCUUUUGUCACUACCAAAACAAUGAUGACAUGUUUCGGGCAUGACUGUUUCGGUAGUGACAAUUUUAGAUACUUUUUAGCCUAGCUCAAAGAUGCUUAUCAGCACAUGGUUAGCUAGCACAGUUCUGAACAGUUGUACACACGCAAAAACUAAAUUUUAUUGAAUAACACCCAAAAAAAGUUUGCUUAAUUGCAGAAAAAAUGUGUUUGGUAGUGAUGUUCUUUAAAGUUGCACACAGAUUUUCAGACUUUUGAACACAUUUAACUCAAAGUGAUGGACCUAUCUACUGUGAAAGAGAGGCUAUGAGAGGGAGGGACACAGGAAUAUUUCCUGAUCAAAAAUGUAGAAGUGUGUUAAAAUCAGUCUCAGCCAAUGGACUAAAACACACACUGUUUCGGUAGUGACAUGAAAAUGCGGGACGCAUUUUUUUUACCUAAAGUUUCAUGAUUUAAAAAUAAUAUAUAAACUUCACUUUAAAAAAAAUAAAAAAAAUAAAAAAAAUAAAACAACAAUAGAAAAAAAUUGAAAAAACUAUUUCAAAAUCAUUUUUACAAGUUGAAAUUUAGGGGUUAGGGUUCAGGAUAGCCACCUCCCAAUUUAAAGUACCCAAUAAAUGAUGAUUUUAUAUACAUUAAGCUUACUGAUAUUUAAAAUAUUGUCGUGGGAUUCAAUAGAUAAUAGAAGGAUCUUAGUAAACAUCUAUAAUUUGAAUACUUAAAUGCUUUUUAAAUGUGUUUUUGGUUGUGGGACAGCAGUUUACACCAAUUCUGUAGAAUCAGUGCCAACACUCACCCGUCACCAAUAUCUAUUUCUGAUCAUGACUAUUGGAUGAUCCUUGACUUGAUGUCCUUGAGCAACAGUACUGCACUGGAAGCCACUUAUUUUGGUAGAAUCAUAUUUAAAUGAUCAAUUAGCUAAAUACACGAAUGCUGUAUUGGUUUAAUCUGAAGAAGCCUAGGCUACACCGCCUCUCUCUUGAUCUCAUUAGGUCGCACGCGCGCUUGUUCGGAUUACUGUUUGUGCAGGGGAUUAUGGUCAGGAACAGCAGACAUGACUUUGUGCUUUCUGCGAUGCGGUUUUCACGGGUUUCCACUCGAGUACACAUCACGGCACACUGAUUUAGUUCAGCUUGAAAUAUCUCGACCUGUUCCCUCACACCUGACUGCCUUUCAGCAUCAUUCUGCAUCAUGGCCGACAUUCCGCAACUGAUUAAAAUCGGCGUUUCGCUGAAAACCACUCCGAAUAACGGACCCGUCUUCUUCAAGUCGGACGGGACGAGAUUCGGUCAGAGCAGAACCAUCAAAUUACUGACGGGAACUAAAUACAAGGUCGACGUGGUCGUUAAACCGGGAGCAGUUGAGGCGACAUCCAUGACUGUUGGCGGCGUGACUUUCCCUUUGGAGCAGCAGUCUAAAGACCCUCAGUCUGUAGUGUACACUGGCAUGUAUGACACAGAGGGAGUGACACACACCAAAAGUGGAGAGAGGCAACCUGUUCAAGUCAACAUACAGUUCACUCAGGCAGGUCUUUUUGAGACCGUCUGGCAGGUCAAGUUCUACAACUACAACAAGAGGGACCACUGCCAGUGGGGGAACAGCUUCAACAGCAUCGAGUACGAGUGUAAACCCAACGACACACGCACCCUCAUGUGGAUCAAUAAAGAGCUGUUUCUGUGAACGACGUGUGAAGUGUGUGUGUCAACUGUGACAGAAGACAAUCUUAUGAAGACCUCCCUAAACGUCACACUGCCCAUUGUCCUAGAAAUAUGAAUCAGUGGUUCCUGAUAGUGUAGGGCUGUAACCUUUCCUAAGAACUGAUUAGAGAGUUGUGAUGAAUUUACAAGAAAGAGUUUUACUGGAUUUGUCUGCUGGAAAAUCAGAUCACUGUAUUUGAGCUGCACUUUACCCUGUUUGUUGUAGUGUUGUCUUUUUUCGCAGUUCCUUCCAGCUGUCUACCUCUGAAGAACCCAUGAGGAUGAAGUUUACUUUUAUAUGAGUUUACAUAUUUUAUAUAGAUUUUAUGAUAGAAUUGUUAUUAUACCGUUUGUUAAUGUAGCAUUUUCAUAGUAAAUUUUACUCGUAUGAAUAUA